UUUCAUACCGCACGCACACAUUUUUGAUAUUUCAAUUUCCACUUUUAUUUUAUCUGCCCAAUCUCAUCAUUACACCCAUUAUGCUCAUUUCUCAAUUCAAAAAUUAAAAAUAAUUUUCUAGAUUCCUUCUCCUGCUAGGGUUUGCAGUUACCAUUUCUCUGCUCCGCUCCAAUCUAGGGUUUCUCACGGCGGUUUAUCUCCGGGUUUUUUGACAUGGAUUAUGUUGCACCGGCUUUCCAACACCAUACAUUUUCGGUCAAAUUGUGGCCUCCGAGUCAGGGUACUAGGCUGAUGCUUGUAGAGAGGAUGAUUACGAAUCUUACGACUCCGUCUGUUAUUUCUAGAAAGUAUGGCCUGUUGAGCAAAGAGGAGGCUGUGGAGGAUGCCACACAAAUUGAAGAGUUGGCAUUUGUUGCAGCGAAUCAGCACCAUCAGAAGGAGCCAGAUGGGGAUGGGAGUUCUGCAGUUCAGGUUUAUGCCAGAGAAUCCAGUAAGCUCAUGAUGGAAGUUCUGAAAAGGGGUCCUAGAGUGAAGGAGGAUGCUGAGGUGACAACCGCUGAGAUACCUAUCCUUGUACAUACAGAUACUUUUGAUAUAUCUGGUGGCAACCGAGCAUUUAUCAGCGCAGAGGAGGCUGAUGAUCUCUUAAAACCCCUCAAGGAACCAGGAAACCAGUAUACUAAGAUCUGUUUUAGCAAUAGAAGUUUUGGCUCCGACGCAGCUGGUGUUGCAGAGCCAAUCUUGUCGUCCAUAAAGGGUCAACUGAGAGAAGUGGAUUUAUCAGACUUUGUUGCGGGAAGGCCAGAAGCAGAAGCUUUAGAAGUCAUGAAAAUAUUUUCUUCGGCUUUGGAGGGUUGUAAUUUGAGGUGUCUCAACCUUUCAAACAAUGCUCUGGGUGAAAAGGGUGUAAGGGCAUUUGAAGCACUUCUCAAGUCACAAAAAAACCUGGAGGAGCUUUAUCUUAUAAAUGAUGGCAUAUCUGAGGAAGCUGCACAUGCACUUUACGAGCUAAUUCCUUCCACAGAGAAACUCAAGGUCCUUCAGUUUCACAAUAACAUGACUGGAGAUGAAGGAGCAGUGGCUAUCGCUGAGAUUGUGAAACGGUCUGCUCUGUUGGAAGAUUUUAGAUGUUCUUCAACAAGGAUAGGCUUAGAUGGAGGUAUUACACUGUCUGAAGCUCUUGGAACAUGUAGACAUUUACGGAAGCUUGAUCUGCGCGACAAUAUGUUUGGAGUAGAAGCUGGUAUUGCUUUGAGUAAGGCUCUAAUUUCAUUUGCUGAUCUCACUGAGAUUUACUUGAGUUAUCUAAACUUAGAGGAUGAAGGUGCAGAGGCACUUGCCAAUGCUUUAAAGGAAUCUGCACCUUCACUUGAAGUUCUCGAAAUGGCUGGAAAUGAUAUUACUGCCAAGACAGCUCCUUCUUUGGCAGCCUGUAUUGCAGCAAAACAGUUUCUCAGCAAUUUAAGCCUUUCGGAGAAUGAACUGAAGGACGAAGGUGCUAUUUUGAUUGCAAAGGCAAUAGAGGGGGGUCAUGGCCAAUUAAUUGAAGUUGAUUUGAGCAGUAACCAAAUCAGGAGGGCCGGGGCAAGGCUCUUGGCACAGGCUGUUGUGCUUAAGCCUGGGUUUAAGUUGCUAAAUAUCAACGGCAAUUUCAUAUCCGAUGAAGGAAUUGAUGAGGUGAAGGAUAUAUUCAAGAAUUUGCCUGGUGUCCUCGGACCUUUGGAUGAGAAUGAUCCAGAAGGUGAAGAUCUUGACGAUGAGGGCAGAGAAGAUGAAGAUAACGAAGAUAACGAAGAUGAAUUAGAAUCAAAACUCAAGGGUCUUGAGAUCAAGCAUGACGAAUAGAUCUGUAGGUCGCAUAAGUAAUCUACUACAGCAGUCUCUUCUUUUUUAAUGCAGACUUAUUAUGUUUAGUUUUAUUAAUAUCUGUUAUCAAACAGAUUGUUUCUUGGGUUCUAGUCCAGCAGCAUUAACCAUAAAAGUACUGGUUAUUCUACAGAAAACCCAUAAUUGGGUUUAGUUAUAGGAUUUUCUAGACAUUUUGUAUUGCAAUAGGCAGUAAUAUUUAGUUACUGUGCUCAUUUGCUGAA